AUGAAUCGGGACGUAUCUGGAAAUAUCACUUUUUUGGGAGUGGCAACUGGAGGUCUGAUGUCCUUCUUUUCGACGUAUUUCAAGAAUCUGAAACUGACUGGAAUUGAUAUAGAUCCACAAUCAGAAUAUCUGGCUAAGAAAUGGUUUGGGUACCGGGAUACGAAAAAUUCAAAAAUCUUGAUUGGGGAUGGAGCAGAACACAUCGUGGAGAUGGCAAGACGAGAAGAAACUUCUGAUGCAGUUCUUGUUGACGCUUGUCACAACCACGCCCCUCCCGAUGGAAUCUACUGUCCUGUUGAAGCCGUUCGAACGCCAGAGUUUCUGAAAAGUCUCUCAGCAGUAAUUGGGACGAAAGAAUGUCAUCUUGGAAGCAAUCAUUUAGGAAAUGCGUUCAUCAUGUGCUCCAAUAACAGAAUCGAUCAGAGCACCGUUGAUAUUCCGACAGUAAGAUCUUUCUUGAAGAAUAUGAGAAUCGAUGGAUUCCUGGUAUGA